GUUCUCUUCUGAUAGUAGGUGCUUGUGAGAAAAAAGGCGAAGGGAUUUGUGGAGAUGCCUCGCUGCAUCUAAUUUCUUUACUUGAGCAGUCUUGAGAGGUAGUUUUAUCAGCUGAACCUGGCUGAGCUGAGCAAAGAUCCUCUACUAUGGACUUCACAGAGACGUACCUGGACACCUGCUCCAGUGUAACAAUGGCCAUUAGGGCAGGUAGUCGUCCUGGAUUGCUGAGGCUGAUUCGACAAGGCAAACCUCUGGAUGCACCGGAUAACAGAGGCUGGAGGCCUAUCCAUGAAGCAGCAGCAGCAGGCAAUGUACAGUGUCUUCAGUUGCUUGUUAAUCACUUUGAUGAAGAAGAUGUGAAAGAUGAGCUUAACCAGCGGACCUUUGAGGGAGAGACACCGCUGUUUCUGGCAGCCAAAGCAGGUCACCAUGAUGUAGUUUCUGUACUUCUGCAGAAUGAAGCAGACCCAAAUAUAUCCAAUAAUGAAGAUGGUUCUUCUAUUUUACAAGCUGUGUGUGGGAACCACAUCCGUUGUGUGGAGCACCUGACCAGGGCAGGGGCAGACCUGAAUGCAAAGUACUACAAUGGUUGGACACCUCUACACGAGGCCGCUAGCCAAGGGAAUGUAGCCAUCACUGAAUAUUUACUCAAUGCUAAUGCCAACAUAGGAGCAAAAGAUGAUCAUGGUAUUCAGCCUGUCUUUGUAGCAGCUCAAUAUGGCAAGCUUGACUGCCUCACUAUGCUCCUAGAUAGAGGAGGUGAUACCAACAGCCAGGCUCAGGACAAAGCUACUCCAUUAUACAUCGCUACUCAGGAGAAUUAUGUUGAUAUAGUCAAAUUGCUCUUGGAGAGGGGAGCGAGCCCAAAGAUAACAGUGGAAGACGGGUAUCUACCUAUUCAUGUCGCUGCAUACAAAGGACACAAUCAAUGCCUGGAGCUACUAUUAGACCACUAUGAUACUUACACAACACUGGACUGCCCCGACACACCCCUCCAUCUAGCUAUAGAGGGCGGGCAAAGAGAAACCGUCAAAUUCCUGAUCGAACAUGGCUUUGAUGUGAACACGGGUUGGAAGCUCCCUCGAGAUCAGUUAGAGAAAGUGCGCAACACCCGCCCCCACUUCUUGCCCCCGCUUACAAUGGCUGUGAUGGAGAGGCAGAAAGAUCUUGUCCAAGAUAUGCUUGCCAUUGGGGCGUCGGCUAAUUGCAGGGAAUUCCCCCCUGUGACAGCCUACAAGUGCCCCUUUUACGCUGCCUUCCCUAGUAUUAACAUCUUAGACAUUCUACUGAAGCAUUGCAAGGGAGCUAGAUGUCCUCAUUCCAAAUGGACCAUGUUUAGGGUAUUCUCUCGUUCCAAGGACCUAGAGGCAAUCCAGUUCCUCCUAGAUCGAGGCCAGGAGCUGGAGCCUGAGUGUGAUGACUGUUCGGGUGACACCAAGUGCUACUGUCCUCUGAGGGAUUAUGCUGUCGACCAGAAGGACUUCUUUGAGGCGCUCGUCAGGCUGUGGUGGCAGUAUGUCAGUUUUCAACCUCGUUGUAAAUAUGUCAUGGAUGCUCUCAAGCCACAUGUUGAUUGCCCUCGUUCACUGAUGCAUCUGUCCCGUAUGGUUGUAAGGGGUAGGCUCGGCCCUCACAGACUGUAUACAGAGAAUGCUAUCAGAAACCUACCCAUACCAACCAUCAUACAAGACUAUCUACUACAUAGGUGACAAGAGAAAA